AUGCAGUGCAGGUGGGUAUGCAAGUCUUGGCCCUCCCUAAUCCGCAGUCCUUCCUUUGUCGCAGCCUUCUUGAACUUUCGCUGCAGGGACACCACUGACUUCCUUUUCAAAUACAAUAACCGCUACUUCUCGUCAAAAAUAGAGCAACAAGGGAAUGCUCCAGCACCCGUCGCCGAACUUCCAUACCUGCCUCAGUGCGAAGCUGUCAAAGGCAGUUUUCAUGAUGAGAAAACUGUGAAUGGCUUGGUUUGUGCAUCCACUUGGUCUGGCCCUGUUUUCAUACUUAACCCUACCACUCGAGAGUUUAUUGAACUUCCCCAUACCGAUGUACUUAUAGAAACACAAGGAUCAUCCAUGGUCAAGGCAUCCGCUAACUAUAACUUUGGGUUCAAUCCACUCACAAACGAGUAUAAGGUACACCAACAUAGACACCUUCUUUCUGAUAUAGCGCGUGGGAUAAGAAAUGAUGGAGUGUACAUCAAUGGGGCGGUACAUUGGAUCCAUAAGAAGCAGAAAGUGAUAGUGGCAUUUGACGUUAGAGAGGAGACAUUCAGAUUGGUGCCGCUGCCCCAAGAUUAUGCUCAAGUGUUGGAUGAUUAUGAUGAUUAUGAAAGUGAUGCUGAUUGUUAUCCCCGAGGAAGUGCACGUGUAGUUGAGGUGGGGUGA